AACGUUUUGCGUUGUGUUAAAUAUGAAACGCAUUUCUCAUUCGUAAUUGCAUAAACAAUUACAGUGUGUUUGUGUCGCUCAUCAUAUAAAGCGAUUCCAUUUUUUCAAUUUUAAUCAUUUUCACACAAAAGUUCAACAAUUCCAAGUUGAUUUUUUUUCGUUUCUAUCAUAUUCUUUUUCUCAUUCACUGAAAAAUAUUUUUUGCAAAGAACAAAUUCAACGCUGAGCAACACAAACAAUAGAGGUUGAACUUGUGUUGAACACGGUCCAAAAAAAGAGAAAAGAAAAUUAGUUUCACGAUGAUUUUUAUGACAAAUAGAAAUGUAGAAUAGGACCAACUAUCGUGUGAUUGCAUAUAUAGAAUACUUUUUUGUAAAUUUGGAGCUUAAAAUCGAAAAAAAAAAUUAUUGAUUUAUCCAAUAGGAUGUGUAUGUGUGUUUGUGUGCAUAAAUAUCAACAGUGAAACAUCGACAUGAUAUAUUUAUUACGAAAAUCAUUUAUGCUACAUGCAUAAUAAAAACUAAUCGAAUAAAAAAAAGUGAAGAUUUACAGUGAACCGAACAGCCACACAGUUUGUAUAUUUCUUUGAACUAAAGGUUCAUAUAUUAAGUCAAUUCAGUUGAUUCAAUUGUCAAUAUGUGUACAUUAAGAUUCGUUGGGUGUGUGACCAUAUUAUUGUUUAUAUUAUAUGGGAAUACAUAUGCAGCAGUUACUGCUCGCAAGGGAGUUGGAUUGAUAUGUGCCGAUUAUCGUUCGAAACCGACGACAGACGACGAGUCCAGUGCCGAGUACGAAGAUGUCAAUGAUAAAAAUAUUAUUAAGAAUGAAAAGAUGAAGGAAAAGAAAUGUGAUAAUGAAAACGAUGUUUGCUACGCAGUAUGGAAAAUUGAUGCGAAUGGUACGCGGAUAAUUGAGAGCCAAGGAUGUUUACUAGAGAAGCCAACAUCAUGUGGAACGGAUGAAUGUAUAAAUAAUCGACCACAAUGGCCACUUUAUUGUUGUUGUACCGGCCAUAUGUGUAACAUAAACAUAACCGAUCGCCCGAAACCAAUUAUUGAGCCGAAUAUUUAUUCGAUUGAUAACGACGCAUUGUCAAAUGGUUCAUUCAACGAAACAUUUCUGUCUGCAUUGAAAUCGCAACGUUUAUGGAUUGUUGUGUUGAUCAUUUCAAUUCCAAUGAUUGUCAGUUUAAUUUAUGUGACAUUGUGUCGAAACCGUUUUACAAAACCCGAACCAAAAUUAUUGAAUGUACCAUCACCAAAUCCAAAAUACAGUUCGGAUUUGUUGAAUGUUGAUAAUUUAAAAUUAUGUUCGAUGAUUGGCCAAGGUAAAUAUGGUACCGUAUGGAAGGGAAUGAUAAAUGAACAAACGGUUGCGGUGAAAUUGUUUCCAGCUCAGCAUAAAGAUUUCUUUUUAAAUGAAAAAGAUAUUUACUGUUUACUGUCAAUGGAUUCACCAUAUUUUUUGGAAUAUUUUGGUUGUGAUGAACGACGUACGCUCGAUGAUAAUAUUGAAUAUUUAUUGGUAUUAUCGUUGGCACCAUUGGGAUGCCUACAAGAUUGGUUAACACAAAAUACGGCAUCAUUUGAAGUUUAUAUUAAAAUGUCACGUUCAGUUGCCGGUGGUCUAUCGUAUUUGCAUACCGAAAUGAAUGCUGGCAAUGCGAUAAAACCGUGCGUUGCACAUCGAGAUCUUAAUACACGAAAUAUACUCGUUCGAGCCGAUCAAUCGUGUUGCAUUUCGGAUUUUGGUUUUGCACUGAAAACAUUUGGACCACGUUACGAAUGGAAGGGGGCAAUGACAUUGGCCGAACACAAAAGUCUCAAUGAGGUCGGCACAAUUCGUUAUAUGGCACCCGAGAUACUUGAAGGAGCGGUUAAUUUACGUGAUUGUGAAACGGCACUAAAACAGGUUGAUAUUUAUAGUUUGGGUUUAGUUUUAUGGGAAUUAUAUUCACGAUGUCAUGAAUUUUAUGCAUCGGAUGAACCGAUUUCGGCAUACAAGCAACCAUAUGAAGCAGAAGUUGGUAAGACGCCGUCACUUGAACAAAUGCAAAUACUUGUGUCGCGACAAAAAGUCCGGCCGAAAUUUACGUGCGCAUGGAAACGAAAUGUAUCGGCAAAAAUAGCAAAGGAUACAUGUGAAGAUUGUUGGGAUCAUGAUCCAGACGCAAGAUUAACAGCAUUGUGUGUGGAAGAACGUUUACGAGAAAUUUCUACACAUCGAUUACAAUCGCCAACAGUGGCCGAAGCAACAACAUUAAUCACCACAUUCAAGUCAAAUCCAAACAUUUUACGAUCAGUCAACGAUACAUUUCCCAUUUCAAAUCAUCAUGGGCUUGGCAGCACAUCCGACGACAUAAAAGUGUGUAAUGGCGACAAACAUUUAUCGACAACAAGUAAACUACUACCAAAAUUACAUGGCUGGACGAAAAUUCGAUCGUUGUUGAACAAACGAAAUGCGAAGCGUAGCGAUGAAAUGUCCAUUCUAACAUCGGAUUAUAAUAAAUCAAUUGGAAAAUUGGGUGAAAGUCAACCACCAUCGAUAUUUCAGCAGUCCAAUCUCGUUGACAAUAAUCGUGUACAUAUUAAAACAAAGCACUUGCCACAGAUUCGUCCAAAGAAUUUAGAUUUAGCAUUGCCGCAUAUUAAUGCACCAGACACAUCAUUAGUACAAUCAGAAAUCACCGACUAUUCAAGCUCAUUUCGAAACUAUCAAAGCAUGUAUAAGCGGCCACCCGGCGAUUUUUCACAACAAUUCACAAUUAUUGAUGAAGCCGAUCAUCAACAACAACCAUCGUCACAUUCAAAUCGGUUAAAAAAAUCAAGCGGUCUGGUUGUAUCGAAAUCAGCGAACGCCAUGAAAAGUCUCCAAACAUCCGAUUAUCCGGAUGAAUGGCAUAUGAAACGGCAACGAUCAUUAGAAGUAUUUCGUGAUGUGUUUGGUGUUAAAGGCAGCAUUGAUCGACUUCGGGAUCCAAGUGAACGAAUCAAAACCCCGGGUGAUGUACCAAAAAGCGUUCGAAAAGUACGUGCAUCGAAAACACUAUCUUUAUACGAUGACAGAAUGAUGAUGAAUGCAUCAACAACGGGAAUGCAUCAACUUUAGCAAAAGGAGUAUGAGGAGGUUUUGUUACUCGAACUGUAACACAUCACUCAAUAAGUCUCCGGUCUGACAUAUAGGUGGCGCCACAAAAUCCAUAAUGUUUCUGGAAAGGACAAUCCUUCAAACGACGCAUGUCAAAAUUUCAUGACAUUUCGAUCAUUCAUUUACAAGUUACAGUGCUUUAAGUGACGCUACUUUUGUUAUUUUUAAAACAAUGGAUGAAAGAGAAUUUCGUAUUUUAACAAAGCAUUGCUUUUUGAGAGGAAAAAACACCGACGAAGCAAAGGCUUGGCUUGAUAAGCGUUAUCCGGACUCUGCCCCAGAUAAAUCAACCAUCACCGAUUGGUAUGCUGAAUUUAAACGCGGUCGAACAACCACCAAUGAUGCAACACGCUCUGGACGCCCAAUUAAGUGAUGUGUUAAUAACACAAUUACGUAGCACAAGAAAUUAAUAUCAAACGAAAUUUCCUUCUCUCAAUUUGAUUAUCAGUCGAAAAUAGAAAACCUUUAGUUUUAGUGCUUUGUUGCACAAGUUCUUAGACAUCUCUAUUUAUAUGAUAUAUAGUGAGCUACUUUGGUUCACACGUUUCAUUGUACAAACAUAUAUUUUAGAAUGUUAACGCUUAAUGAGAAAAUAACGGAAAAUAACAAAAAGGAAAGAAAACACAUACAGUUCAUCAUUUUUUUAAGUUUAACAACGACAACAAGAUAUCAUAAUUGUAUUGAAUAUAAGAUUAUAUAGCUUUAACCCAAAUAUAAUAUAUUGGUUAAGAAAAGAAAA